ACCCCGCCCGGACUCGCCAGUCCGCCUCGAUAUUUACACCGCCGGUGUUGUUAACGUAGCAGCUUAGCCACAAUGAUGGCUCUUCUGGAUCUUGCCAUGCAAGGUUUCUCUAUAUUUGGAUUCAUUCUAUUUCUGGUACUCUGGUUUAUGCAUUUCAUGUCCAUCGUCUAUGUCCGACUCUAUCUCAAUAAGAAGAGCGUUGACAAGCAGCCCUACAGUAAGCUGUCAGGGGUCUCUCUACUGAAGCCUCUGAAAGGAGUAGACCCCAACCUCAUCAAUAACCUGGAGACCUUCUUUGAACUCGACUACCCCAAGUUUGAGAUCCUACUCUGUGUACAGGACCAUGACGACCCAGCCAUUGAUGUUUGUAAAAAGCUUCUAGGAAAAUAUCCCAACGUUGAUGCUCGGUUAUUUAUAGGAGGAAAGAAGGUCGGCAUCAACCCCAAGAUUAAUAACCUGAUGCCGGGUUAUGAAGGGGCCAAGUAUGACCUCGUGUGGAUCUGCGACAGCGGAAUACGAGUGAAACCGGACACUCUGACCGAUAUGGCCAAUCAGAUGACUGAGAAGGUGGGGUUGGUUCAUGGCCUUCCCUACGUGGCCGACAGACAGGGCUUUGCUGCUACACUGGAGCAGGUGUACUUUGGCACGUCCCACCCACGCUCCUACAUCUCAGCCAACGUGAUGGGUAUUAAGUGUGUGACAGGGAUGUCAUGUUUGAUGAGGAAAGAUAUCUUGGACCAGGCUGGAGGGCUCAUAACCUUCGCUCAGUACAUCGCUGAGGACUACUUUAUGGCGAAGGCCAUCGCUGACAGGGGAUGGAAAUUCUCCAUGGCAACGCAGGUAGCCAUGCAGAACUCCGGGUCCUAUUCAGUUGCUCAGUUCCAGUCCCGUAUGAUCAGAUGGGCCAAGCUUCGUAUCAACAUGCUCCCCGCCACCGUCUGUGAGCCCAUCUCAGAGUGUUUCGUAGCCAGCCUGAUCAUUGGCUGGGCAGCACAUCACGUGUUCCACUGGGAUAUUAUGGUCUUCUUCAUGUGCCACUGUCUGGCGUGGUUCAUCUCUGAUUACAUCCAGCUCCGAGGAGUUCAGGGCGGUGCGCCGGCCUUCUCCAAACUGGACUACGCUGUAGCCUGGUUCAUCAGAGAGUCCAUGACCAUCCAGAUCUUCCUGUCGGCCCUGUGGGACCCCACCAUCAGCUGGCGAACAGGGCGCUACAGGUUACGAUGUGGGGGUACGGCCGAGGAGAUCCUGGAUGUAUAGCUACCAGCUUAAGUCCACCUACAGGGACACAUAACCCGAGUCCUAUCACCCCCAGGGGCCAGAGACAAUACCAGACACAGACUGAUCAGCAUCCCUAUAUAGUCAACUACUUUUGACCAGGGCCCACACUUGCCCAUAUGUUUCUGCUCUGGUUUAAGGUAGUGCACUAUAUAGGGAAUAGGGUUCCAUAGGGCUCUGGUUUAAGGUAGUGCACUAUAUAGGGAAUAGGGGGCCGUUUGGUAUACGGCCAGAGAGAGAUGGCAACAUUGAGUGGAAGAAAAUAAACUACCCGCUGUGGGCGUGGCUGAUAGAAGGAAACUAUCUGCUGUGGGUGUGACUGAUAGAAGGAAACUACCUGCUGUGGGUGUGACUGAUAGAAGGAAACUACCUGCUGUGGGUGUGACUGAUAGAAGGAAACUACCUGCUGUGGGUGUGACUGAUAGAAGGAAACUACCCGCUGUGGGUGUGACUGAUAGAAGGAAACUACCUGCUGUGGGAGUGAUGGCUAGAAGGAAACACCCCUUAUGGGCGUGGCGGCUAGAAGGAAAUGGGCGUGGCGGCUAGAAGGAAACACCCCUUAUGGGUGUGGCGGCUAGAAGGAAACACCCCUUAUGGGUGUGGCGGCUAGAAGGAAACACCCCUUAUGGGCGUGGCGGCUAGAAAACGUCAUAUGGAAUUCAUAGUGUUUAAUGGUUUUUAACCUGUGUGUUGAAAUAUAUCAUUUAUUACUAAUGCUUUUUCUGUCUACCAUCUAAACUGUUGAAAACCGAGAUCCUCCUGUCGUGAAGUGAGCCCUACGUCCCAAAUUACACCCUAUUCCUCAUGUAGUCUUGAUUCUAUACUCAAUUAAUAUUGUUUUAAUGUGAAAACUUAAGGUCCAAACCUAGGAAUUCUCUUUGUUCCAUUUUUUUGGUUUAUUGGUCAGGUUUUCAAGCACCAUGGUCUUUCUGCUGUGAGAUUGCUGGCUAUUUUCAACAGACUGGCUGUGUCGCAAAUGGCACCCUAUUCCCUGUGUAGUGUACACCCUAUUCCCUGUGUAGUGUACACCCUAUUCCCUGUGUAGUGUACACCCUAUUCCCUGUGUAGUGUACACCCUAUUCCCUGAGUAGUGUGUGGCGUUUGACUAAAGCCCACAGGGGUGUCAUUUGUGAAGCAACCAUGGUCUUAACCAGGGGUAUUCAACUCUGACCCUACGAGGUCCAGAGUCUGCUGGUUUUCUGUUGUAUCUGAUAAUUAAUUGCACCCACCUGGUGUCCCAGGUCUAAAUCAGUCCCUGAUUAGAGGAGAAUCACCCACCUGGUGUCCCAGGUCUAAACCAGGCCCUGAUUAGAGGGGAAACGAUGAAGAAAUGCGUUGGAACUGGCUUGGAGUUUCAGAGUUGAGUUUCGGCUGCUGGAUAGGCUGAUCUGAUCCAGUAAAAUCACUGUCUCCAGCUCCUGGAGCUUUAUUGGGUGUGCAGGCUUUUGUUUCAGCCCAGCACUAACACACUUUUUAGCCCAUGACUGGGCUGAAACAAAAGCCUGCACCCCCCCUCUGACCCUACAGUAUGAAGCUCCGUGUCUGCUGUCUCUCUGAACUAUGAGAAUCUUCUUAACGCUCCUCUGACUCGACACGCCUGCUCUGUCAGCGUUCUCUAUUGAAACAGAGGGCCCGAACUAUCUCGCUUACUGGAGAAGGCAAAACGGCGAGAAUGCACUUAGUCAAAGGUUUUGGAAAUGUUACUUUUUGUUUUUGUUGGUGGGAAUAUGAUUAUCCAAAUUGUCCAUGUGUUUCAGUUUUCUGCCCCGAUUCAUUUCAUUAGUGUCACAUUGUGUAGUGUGGAAGUUCAAUAGCGGUAUGUCUGACCCAAAUAGCACCCUAUCCCCUAAAUACUAGACUACUUGUGACAAUUGCCUGCCAGGUGUCGACUCUGGGGUUGGGUAGAUGGGGGGGGGUCAACCAGGUUUAGACUCUGGGGCUGGGUAGAUGGGGGUCAACCAGGUUUAGACUCUGGGGCUGGGUAGAUGGGGGUCAACCAGCUGUUAUGGGAGAUGGAUACUUUAAAAUUCGUCACAGGACAUGUUGCUUCUGGAAUCUCCAAUGGUCUCUUUCCACUGUAACCACAGCCCUGGUGUCUGGCCUGAGACUUUCCCUGGUGUCUGGCCUGAGACUUUCCCUGGUGUCUGGCCUGAGACUUUCCCUGGUGUCUGGCCUGAGACUUUCCCUGGUGUCUGGCCUGAGACUUUCCCUGGUGUCUGGCCUGAGACUUUCCCUGGUGUCUGGCCUGAGACUUUCCCUGGUGUCUGGCCUGAGACUUUCCCUGGUGUCUGGCCUGAGACUUUCCCUGGUGUCUGGCCUGAGACUUUCCUGGUGUCUGGCCUGAGACUUUCCCUGGUGUCUGGCCUGAGACUUUCCCUGGUGUCUGGCCUGAGACUUUCCCUGGUGUCUGGCCUGAGACUUUCCCUGGUGUCUGGCCUGAGACUUUCCCUGGUGUCUGGCCUGAGACUUUCCCUGGUGUCUGGCCUGAGACUUUCCCUGGUGUCUGGCCUGAGACUUUCCCUGGUGUCUGGCCUGAGACUUUCCCUGGACUUAAACCCUGGUGUUGCACCAAGUGCAAUUGGACCUCCAUCUCCUAGCCUGGUCCCAGAUCUGCCCAUCUCCUAGCCUGGUCCCAGAUCUGCCCAUCUCCUAGCCUGGUCCCAGAUCUGUUUGUGUACUGUCUUGACCGUAGGCUACCGGUUUCCUACUCUGCUGAUGAGACGAAGGAUAUGACGAUGAUGUGGUUCUGUUUACUUCUAUCUGUCUUGUCAAAUCUUUUGAUACAAACUUAUAAAUAUUAAUAUGGCUCAUAUUGGAUUUGUCACAAAUGGCACCCUAUUCCUUAUAUAGUGCACUACUUUUGACCAGGGCCUUAUGGGGGGGGGGGUGCACUAUGUAGGGAAUAGGGUGCCAUUUGGGGGACACACACUCUGGCUUUGUUUUUAAUGACAGGAAGAGGAAUGAAAAGUAACAGCAAUAAAGGAAUACAGCUCUCUGAAUGAGAUGUCGCUGUAUUCCACUAUAACAGGAUAUGAGGAAUAUAUUACAUCCUGUUUUGAAACAUUUCAGAUUUGUUAUUGGAAGACAAGACCGUAUAAAAAAAAAAUAUAUAUAUAUAUAUAAUAAUAAUAACAUUUCAUCUUUCAGAUUCAAUAUUGUGUUGUUCCAGGAGUUUGAAACAAUUAUUCAAUAUAAUAAAAUGCAUGUAAAAAUUUGAAGUUAACUAUUUGCUUUAAGGUUUGCAGUUAGCUGACUAGUAGAUGAGUCAAAUUCUUUGGAAUUCUAGUCAAUUCAGAAAGUAAAGUCAAUUGCUAUUCCGAGUUGUCCUCCAUUUUUAAAAAGCGUUUUGAAUGGAGAUUUCAGUGGACUUCUUGAAUUGACUGAAAUUGACCCCCAAACCCCUCCUGAUACUAGCACAGUAUGUGGAGGCUUGAACUUGAUUAGGGAGAGAAACAAACUGCUUUAGACUGCUUCAUGAUGUACCCAACUAUCUGUGAAUGAGAGACUGCUUGCCUUGCAGUUCUAGUGGACCAAAGUAUCAAGUGUCUCUGGAGGGUAUGUCCAAAAUCGUACCCUUUUCCCUAAUAUAGUACACCAUUUUUUUUUUUUUUUUUGACCAGAGUCAUGUCCCCGGUGGGGAUUGUACUUCACAAACAGGAGAUGGAGUCAUGCUGGCUUGGACAAAGCUACUCUGGUCAAAAGUAGUGCACUAUGUAGGGAACAAAUGGCUCACUGUAGCAGAACAGGGUCUGUUUGGAAUCCAUUCUGUCUAUUUCAAUUGUACAGAUGUUAUAUUAUUUUUUAAACAUGUUACGAUAUGUAUAUUUAUGAAGUUUGAUAGAUACCAUUUUUUUUUUUUGCUUUAUGAUGCCUAAUUUAUUUAAAGUUUUUGAUGAUUAUUAUUGUAGGUAUUUAAUCUAUAAGUAGCGGGAAAACAAAAAGGCUGGACAAACUUCUGUUAAAAAAUAAAAACAAGUUUUAUUUUUUAUUUCAUAUGAAUUGUACUAUGAAGCAGAAUAAUCUACAGCUGGAAACUGUGCCAUAGCAGGAGAAAUUAAAGCUUUAUCAAACCAUA